AUUCGCAUGGUCAGAAGCAGCCAUUACGCAAACCUGACUACUCAACUCAAUUACGGAAAUUUUCUAAAAUUUUUGAAAAUUUUGACAAUUCUUCUUCUUUUUUGAUUGUAGGCAAGUAAUAUUUGCUAUAAAGACGACGAAUAUGUUCCAACAUAUGAGAAAUUAUAAUGGGAAGGAAAUCAAAGCGUAUGAAAUUAAUCAUAACAUCACUCAAGAAGAGCAAACGGCAAACUAUAAAAUUAAUUCUCUUUUAUGGUUUUUUAUGUCAAAUGAUCAUGGAUGUAAAUUUAUAAAUAAUGCGACAUUUGUUAAUAUGUUAUUUGCCCUAGAUAUUGAUUGCAAUCUUGAAAAUUUACAAGCUCAACUCAUAAACAGAUCUCAGGAUCUUAUUAAUCGUUUUAUUAGUCAUGUUGGUACAUCUCUGCAGAAUGCCGACACACAUUCAAUUAACGUGUAUCAAGGACAGGACAGUAAAGUUUGUGUUACAAUCAAUUAUUUUUCGGAGAAUAGAAAGCAUUCAAUUUUGAUUCACGAAGGACGAGAAGAGAUAGACUGUCUUCAAAAGCUUGACGAGAAAUUAUUAUUUUCAGAUAAUACUAAUAUUAUAAUGGUUAAAGAUCUCAGAUUGAAUCCUCUUCACUAUACCCUCAACGAUAAAAUACCCGUUAUUGCUUCUUUGAGCGAGGUGAUCACUGCCGGAUGCCUAGAACUUUAUAAGGAUCCUCUAUUCCAAUCAACUUUAAUCGACGACCGCCAGAUCAACAUUUUACGUGAUCUGCACAACAGAAUUUUUCACACUUUGACUGGAACAGUUAAACUGAUUGCUGAAAAUGGCUAUCUAUCAUUAUACAUUCCAAUUUGGGAGGACGCACAAAAUAUCUUACGACAAAAUUCUAAUCCUUUGGCUAGUAAACUUUUGGAUAUUCUUAUCUCUAAAUUAACCAGGUGGAAUAUGAAAGAUUUACGAAAAAUAAAAUUUCUAUGUGUCGCUACCUUCUUGGAUCCUCGUUUCAGAGAGACUAGCUUCAGCAAAGAAGAAAUACGUCGUGUCAAGUUAUCAUUGUCAAUACUUACCAGGAAAAUAUACGAAUCAAGACGUUCAAGAGGGGAAAUUCAUCCGUGUAGAUCAGAAAUUUCUCCCGUCGAAUAUCAGGCCUAUAUUAACGAUAGGAUCAAAUGUUAUAUGGCCAUGCCUUACGUUCAAAGUGACGCCGAUCCCAUUCAAUGGUGGAAUAACAAGAAAGAAGAACUCGGCGAUCUAUAUUACUCCGCUAUUCAAGUGUUGACGGCGGAUAAUACGAACUUUUUGGAUACAAAAGAUAUUAACGCCGUCGACACCAAUGAGAUCGCUGUCGAUUUUCAAACAGGAACCGAAAAUUUCCUCAGACUAUUGGAGCUUAACAGAGAAUUAAAGGAGAUAGUACAUUAGCGGUUGGUCGCUUGAAAUUUUGAUAUUCCCAGAGCCUUGCUGCCUCAAGCCACAAUCCCAAUUCAUAUGCCUACACCAAAAAAUAAUUGUUUACUUGAAUUAGUUUUGAAAUUUUUCCAAUUAAGUUUUCAAGUUUUGUACAAAAAAAGUAAUAAAUUCGAGUUAAAAUUUCUCUACUCGCCGUAUGACAUACAGAAA